UUUUGCGGUAGAGAACCACGGAAAACGCGUGUUUAUUUGCGCCUGGUUUCGUGGGAUUGGAGAAGCGUUGUUGGGCUGAGCAAAUAAGGCUGAGCUCUGAGACGAUUUGGGUAUCCAUCCUGACUAGCCUGCCCAACUGAUUCAGAAUGCCGCCCGUUGGCGGCGGCGGCGGCGGCCGUGCUGGGAGCGGGGGCGGGGGCGGCUGCGGCCGGGGCGACCUGCUGCGGCGGCCGGCGGCGUUCUCUGAGCACGCCUCGGUACCGCGCCUGGCGCCGCACCCCAUCAACCAGCGUCGCUCGCAGCUGUACCGGCGGGUGGCGCACGCCGACCUCUACCCGCCCGUGCUACAGGAGGCGCCCACCUGGACACAGGCCGUACCGUUCAAGGAGGUAUAUCACCGUCGAACCCCCAGUGAGUCGAUCGCCAACACGUACACCCCCGGCGUGGCCGACCUCCGUCUGAGCACGAUGCCCAGUAGCGAACGGUUCCGAGCGGGCACCAAGGGCGGCCCCCGGCGCUGUCCGUCGGCCAAGAUUGACCUCAGCGUGAGGCCGCCACUGCAGCUGGUCAGGGCGGCCGGAGCGAAACGCAAGGCGGCCGAACAGGCCAAGCUCCAUGAACAAAGUGUCCUAUACAACUUUGAUGUUCCAAAACCGAAGAAAAAGAAGCGUGUCGCCAAAAACAUGAACAUCAAUGCGAUACGAGCGGAAAAGAAGAAAAGCAGCGAGCCGCUGGAGGCCCGUCGCGGCCAGGCCAGUCCACCGUGCAGUCCGGUCAGACAGCGACUCAUCAUAGCGGAUAGGGAGGUCAGGGAGGCGCCCCAGCCGCCGAGUGUACAGGACGUGCAGAGGUACAAACACUACCUGGCCCACCUGGUGGACGACUCGCAGCUGGCUCCUCCGCAGGAGCAGAACAAACAGCACGUCCGCAGCCGCAUAGCCGAGCCGCUGGUGGCCAACAAAAAGCUGCUGGCGGUCCGGGACAUUAUGGAGGCUGAGAUCGAACACGAUUACCGGAUCAGUCUGAGGACCGCCGUACUGAAUUACGUGCUCCGGGACCCUGCCGAGCGGGACCGGCUGAGAAUCUACGGCAUCGUGCCCUCUUAUCGUCCCCGUGUGAUUCGCGCCCCGGUACCGUGGCACCAGGCUGCACUGCUGUCACGGCAGUUCUGCGAACGCAACCUGUUCACGACGGAUGCCGUCACCCAGCAGCUGAACACCCUCUGGUACCGCAGUUACGAGAAGCUGCGUUUCGUCGACUUCCCGUCGCUGUACGUGGAGUCGCUGCCGCUGGAGCCAGCCGCCUUUAUGGAGACGGUCCACGAACAGAUAAAGGCCUCCAGGGAUAUUCUGAUGAACCAGUGGCUGCCCCACUGCGCCAACGUAUUUGCCGAGUUGGUGAGCCGCUGGUGCCGCCUGGUGCCGGGACGCGGCAGCUCCGGCCUGGAGAGAGUCGAGAGACUGUUUGGCUGCGCUGCGGCACUGAUGAGCUCCCAUCUGCGUCGGGCCGUGCUCAACUCACUGGCCGACUACGAGGCUUUCCUUGAUGUGCACGCGCCGGGUAACGCGUUCAGCGGCUCGUACUCCGACUACUCGAUGCUGCUGCCGUCCGUUCUACUGGUUCACCUGGAGGUGGUUCCCCCGCCCCCGGGCACCCCGGUCGGCACGCGGCCCCAGCUCGAGCUGCGGCCCGAGCUGCCCGAGCUCCGUCAGCUGCUGCUCAGUGUGGUGGACGCUAUUCUAGAGGCCAGUCAGAACGUGCCGCGAGUCGAGUACCUCAUGUUCCCCGAGAUGAAGAACGCCGGCCUGGUGGUUCGCACCGUUCGCCAUGACGAGGACGUGGUGGUACGUCUCCUGGCAAAGGUGGACGCCGUGUUCCAGGCCAAUGUGCCCGGUCCACAUCAGUACAGCCUCUUCUACGACAAGUACGCUGAUCUUCUGGACGGUACGGCGGCAGCAGAGGUGACUGAGUUCAUCAACAAAGAGGAAGACCUAGUGGUAUUCAGGAGGAAGCUGGACUCUUUGGCGAUCCGACACCGGGAGGUUCAGCUGCUGCCCACUAUCAUACCGCUGCAGCUGUUUCUGAUGAGCUGUGACCGGGUGAACACCACCAUCGUUCAGAAGUCGGCCGAACUCAGCGAUCGUGUGGUACAGCGGCAGGCGACCAUCAACAGGGAGGAAAAUACAGACAUCUGCGGCGUGUUCGAUACCAUGUCGGACCGUCUGAGUCAGAUGCCCGAGAGCACUGCCGAGCUGGUCGACCAGCACAGCUACCUGCAGGUCUGCAUGUCCGACACAAUGGCCGAGAUCAGGAUGAGGAUUCGACAGACGGCGCUGCGCAUUCUGUUCCUCAUGGAUUACGCUGUGCUGCCAGCGGAUGACCUGACUCUGAACGCGCGCGUGUUCCACUGGCCGGAGAACAUUGAGGGUGUGUUCGACCUGUCCCACUCCCGGCUCCGGCACCGGCGGGCGGCAGCCGAGGAGGCACUCGGCACACGGGUCGAGGCAUUCACUGAAAGACUGGACGAGUAUAACAAGGCGCUGGAGGCGUUCCGGAAGAAGGACUCUCCGGUGCUCAACAUGGACGAGAUGCGUACCAAUGUGGAGACACUCACAUGGCUGGGGGACGAGCUGGCCGCUGCCAAACAGGAGCUGUUCGAUAUAAACGAAGAGGAGCGACUACUGGAGUGGGAGAUCUCUCCUUUCCCGCUGGUAGCGCACAUGAUCUCGUUCAAAGAUCCGUAUGACAAGCUCUGGAGGACCGCUUACGACUUCCACGUCAAAUAUGAACGCUGGUAUAAUGGUCCGUUCCGCGGGAUCGACUCCCUGGCAGCGGAGGAGGACGUCGAAGCCAUGUGGCGCACGCUGUACAAAUUGGGCAAGGCGUUUAUCGACACCCCCGGCCCGCGUCGUGUGGCCGAGACUGUGCGCGGCAAGGUGGAGCGAUUCAAACAGUUUAUACCGGUCAUGCACUGUAUCUGCAACCCGGGUAUACGAGAUCGGCACUGGGAACAGAUGUCUGAGGCGCUGGGUUUCGCCAUCCACCCGCCGGAGGAGGCGUCUCUGGCGCAAAUGAUCGAGCUCGGCGUCCAGAAGCACGUCAAAGUACUGGAGGAGAUCGGAGUCUCUGCCAGCAAGGAGUACGGCCUCGAGCGGGCGCUGAAGAAGAUGACGGACGACUGGAAGGAUGUCAUGUUUGAGUUUAUACCGUACAGGGACACGGGCGUCAGCAUUCUGUCUGCGGUGGACGACAUCCAGGCACUGCUGGACGACCACAUCGUCAAGGCACAGACGAUGCGCGGCUCGCCCUACGUCAAACCGUUCGAGGCAGAAAUGCGGUCAUGGGAGGAGAAACUCGUCCGGAUGCAGGACAUUUUGGACGCCUGGCUGAAGGUGCAAGCCACGUGGCUAUACCUGGAGCCCAUCUUUGGCUCUGAGGACAUCGUCAAACAGAUGCCAGCCGAGGGUAAGAAGUUUGUGCGCGUGGACCGCAUCUGGCGCGACAUCAUGGGUAAGGCGGUGGUGGACACGCACGCACUGGUGGCUACCGCUCAGGAUCAGAUGCUGGAGCGACUGAACGACGCCAACCGACUGCUGGAGGAGAUCCAGAAGGGCCUCAACGACUACCUGGAGAAGAAGCGGCUGUUCUUCCCCAGGUUCUUCUUCCUCUCCAACGACGAACUGCUGGAGAUCCUGGCAGAGACCAAGGACCCGCUGCGCGUCCAGCCCCACCUCAAAAAGUGCUUCGAAGGCAUCCACCGUCUGCGCUUUACGGACGAUAUGCAGAUUGUGGCCAUGAUCUCCACGGAGAAGGAGGAGGUUCCGCUGAGCACGCCCAUCAAACCGGCAGACGCCAGGGGCAUGGUGGAAAAGUGGCUCUCCCAGGUAGAGUCGCAGAUGAUGGCAUCACUGAGAGACGUCGCCGAGAGGGCCGUCAUCUCCUACGUGAAAACCUCCCGUGAGAAAUGGGUACUGGAGUGGCCGGGACAGAUAGUGCUCUGUGGCAGCCAGAUCCACUGGACUACAGAGGUCACCCAGGCCAUAGAGACAGACGGAGGACUCAAGAAGUACUUGUCCAAGUGUAACGGCCAGAUUGACCGCACCGUGGCCCUGGUGCGGGGAAAACUACAGCCGGGACACCGCAUCUCGCUGGGAGCUCUCAUUGUCAUCGACGUACACGCACGGGACGUGGUUAAACAGCUCACAGAAGAGAAUGUGACGUCGCCUCUGGACUUCAACUGGAUCGCCCAGCUGCGCUACUACUGGGAACAGGACACUGUGCAGGUCCGUAUGAUGACGACGGACCUUCCGUACGGGUUCGAGUACCUGGGUAACUCUGCCCGGCUGGUCAUCACGCCGCUCACAGACAGGUGUUACCGCACCCUGAUGGGCGCCCUGAAGCUGCACCUGGGCGGCGCGCCGGAGGGGCCGGCCGGCACAGGUAAAACGGAGACCACCAAGGACCUGGCCAAGGCUAUGGCGAAACAGUGUGUGGUCUUCAACUGCUCCGACGGACUCGACUACCGAGCCAUGGGCAAGUUCUUCAAGGGCCUGGCGCAGGCCGGUGCGUGGGCCUGUUUCGACGAGUUCAACCGUAUCGAGCUGGAGGUGCUGUCGGUGGUAGCCCAGCAGAUCCACUGCAUCCAACAGGCCAUCGUGGCACACGUCAAGACGUUCAACUUCGAGGGCACCGAGCUGGUGCUCGACCCCACCUGCUGCAUCUUCAUCACCAUGAACCCCGGCUACGCCGGCCGUCAGGAGCUGCCCGACAACCUGAAGGUGCUGUUCCGCACGGUGGCCAUGAUGGUACCCGACUACGCCAUGAUCGGAGAGAUCUCGCUCUACUCGUUCGGCUUCAUGACCGCCAGAGGACUGGCCGGUAAGAUUGUGGACACGUACCGUCUGUGCUCCGAGCAGCUGUCGUCGCAGCAUCACUACGACUACGGCAUGCGCGCGGUGAAGGCGGUACUGACCGCCGCCGGCAACCUGAAGCUGAAGCUGCCCGACGUGGACGAAUCGGUGCUGGUGCUGAGGGCCAUCCAGGACGUCAACCUGCCCAAGUUCCUGUCGCAGGACGUGCCGCUGUUCGCCGGCAUCAUCAGCGACCUGUUCCCUGGCGUGGUGCUGCCCAAACCCGACUACCAGGUGCUACUGGAGGCGCUCCACCGCGCCAUCGCCAAGAGAAACCUGCAGCCGGUGCCCUGGUUUAUCGAUAAGAUAAUCCAGGUGUACGAGAUGAUUCUGGUCCGUCACGGGCUGAUGGUUGUCGGAGAGCCGAUGGGAGGCAAAACCUGCGCCUACCAGGUGCUGGCGGACGCUCUCACUUUGAUCAACGAGUCGGCCGAGGCGUCGGCAGCCAUGCCGGAGAACGCGGUUCAGUACAAGAUCAUCAACCCCAAGGCCAUCACCAUGGGCCAGCUGUACGGCUGCUUCGACCCCGUGUCACACGAGUGGUCCGACGGCGUGCUGGCCAACAGUUUCCGCGAAUUUGCCCAGUCGGUGAGCUCCGACCGAAAGUGGAUCCUGUUCGACGGACCCGUGGAUGCCGUUUGGAUCGAGAACAUGAACACCGUGCUCGACGACAACAAGAAGCUCUGCCUCAUGUCCGGAGAGAUCAUUCAGAUGAGCAGCUCGAUGAACCUGAUAUUCGAGCCGGCUGAUCUGGAGCAGGCCUCCCCUGCCACCGUGUCCCGGUGCGGUAUGAUCUACAUGGAGCCGCACCAGCUCGGAUGGAGGCCCAUCAAGGACUCUUACCUGACCACGCUACCGGCUGCCAUCACUGACGAGCUGAAGGCCAGUAUUGACGACAUGUUCGAGUGGCUCAUGGACCCGCUGUUCGACUUCCUCAAACACCAGGCUAAGGUGUUCAUGCGAACGUCCGAGCUGCAUCUGGUCUGGUGUUUUACCAAGCUGUACACGUGUAUGUUGGACGAGAUUGCCGAGUCGACCCAGCCGGGGAAGGACGCCAUCCACCCCAACAACCUCACCAACUGGGUCCAGGGUCUGUUUGUGUUCUGUCUACCGUGGUCAGUCGGCUCCCUGAUGACUGCCGAGAGCCGCCGAGCCUUCGACGCCCUGCUCCGAGAUAUUCUGCUGGGCACCAACAAGACCUACACCAAACCCAAGUCGUUCAAACUUGGCAAGGGCCAGCUGCCGCCCGAGUCGGGCCUGGUGUAUGACUUUAUGUACGAGAAGCGCGACACGGGCCGCUGGGUCCGCUGGAUUGACACGGUGGACAAGGCGCUCCUGCAGAUACCGGCCAAUGCCAAGGUGAGCGAGCUGACGGUGGCCACGGACGAGACGGCCCGUCAGACGUUCCUCCUCAACACCUACCUGUCACACGACGUACCGCUUCUGAUGGUCGGCCCCACCGGCACAGGGAAGUCAGCCAUUACAAACAGUUUCCUGGUCGGCCUGCCGCGGGACAGAUAUGUGCUGAACACGAUCAGCUUCUCUGCGCGCACCACCGCCGGCCAGACGCAGGAUAUAGUCAUGUCCAAACUGGACAGGCGCCGGAAGGGUGUCUACGGUCCACAGAUGGGCCGCAAGUGCGUUGUGUUCGUCGACGACCUGAACAUGCCGCAGAAGGAGAAAUACGGCGCCCAGCCGCCGAUCGAGCUGCUCCGUCAGUGGGUCGACCACGGCCACUGGUACGACAAGAAGGACACCUCCAAACUGCAGCUCAUCGAUGUGCUGUUCAUCUCCGCGAUGGGUCCUCCCGGUGGCGGUCGAAACGACGUCACCAGUCGCUUUAUACGUCACCUGAACGUCAUCGGCAUAGACGAGUUCCAGGACGAAGUGCUCAACAAGAUCUUUGGCGCUAUCGUCGACUGGCACUUCGCUAAGGGCUUCGACACGGCUGUGGCGCGCUUCGGACGGACGCUGGUGGAAGCCACUCGCACCGUGUACGCAGCGGCCGUCACCACCUUCCUGCCAACACCGGCCAAGUCCCACUACGUGUUCAACCUGCGGGACCUGGCACGCGUGGUGCGCGGGGUGCUACUGGUACCGGCCGCCCAGCUGCCGGACGCCGCCAAACUGGUGCGCCUCUGGGUACACGAGGUGUACCGCGUGUUCUGCGACAGACUCGUGGAGGAUCGCGACAGGUCUGCAUUCUUCACGCUGAUCGCGGCCACGUGUGACGCCUGCUUCCACCAGCCCGUGGACAAGGUGCUCGGUCACCUGGCCCCCGAGGGGCGCCGACUCACUGAGGACCACGUGCGCAACCUCUUCUUCGGCGACUACCUCUACCCGGACAACGACCCCAAAAUAUAUGAUGAGGUGACGGAUCUGGAGGCACUGACGGAGGUCAUGGAGGGCUACCUAGCCGAGUACAAUAUGGUUAGCAAGACCCCCAUGAACCUGGUCAUGUUCAAGUUCAUCAUCGAGCACAUUAGUCGGAUCAGUCGCGUGCUCAAGCAGGAUUCCGGUCACGCCCUUUUGGUUGGGAUCGGUGGCAGCGGACGGCAAAGCGCCACCAAACUGGCUGCGUUCAUGGACAACUUUGAGCUGUACCAGAUCGAGAUAACCAAGGGCUACGGCAUGACGGAGUGGAGGGAGGACCUGAAGCUGAUUCUGCGGCGCACCGGCGCAGAGGGCAAGCACCUCGUCUUCCUGUUCGCCGACAAUCAGGUGAAGGACGAGGCGAUGGUGGAGGAUCUGAACAUGAUCCUCAACCUGGGGGACGUCCCCAACCUGUACGCCGCCGACGAAAAGGCCGAGAUCCUCGAGAAGAUGCAGGGCAUCGCCAAAGAUAUGGGCCGUAAGGUGGACUCGGCGCCGCUGGCGCUGUACAACUUCUUCAUCGAGCUGGUGCGCGCCAACCUGCACGUGGUGAUCGCCAUGUCACCGAUCGGGGACGCCUUCCGCAACCGUCUGAGGAUGUUCCCCUCGCUCAUCAACUGCUGCACCAUCGACUGGUUCACGGCCUGGCCGGAGGACGCCCUGGAGCGAGUGGCCCACCACUUCCUGCGAGACGUACCCGACAUGGAGGACCAGCUGCGGCUCGGAUGUGUGUUCGUCUGCCAGCACUUCCACGAGAGUGUGCGACUCAUGUCGCAACGUUACCUGGCGGAGCUGGGUCGGCACAACUACGUGACGCCCACAUCCUACCUGGAGCUGAUAAUGGCGUUCAAGGCACUGCUGCAGAAGAAGCGGGACGAGAUCCUGACGCUGCGGCAGCGCUACGUCACCGGACUGGAGAAACUCGAGUUCGCCGCCUCGCAGGUGUCGGUGAUGCAGGACGAGCUGACCAGCCUGCAGCCGCAGCUAAUCGAGACCUCCGCUCAGACGGAGAAGCUCAUGAUCAAAAUCGAGCAGGACACCAUGGAAGUCGAGGCCAAAAAGGAGAUUGUCGGCGCCGAUGAAGCGACUGCCAACGAAGCGGCGGCGGCGGCUCAGGCCAUCAAGGAUGACUGUGAGAGUGACCUGGCUGAGGCUAUCCCAGCCAUGGAGGCGGCUCUCAGUGCUCUGGACACGCUAAAGCCUGCCGACAUCACCCUGGUGAAGAGCAUGAAGAACCCGCCGCCGGCAGUGAGACUGGUGAUGGAGGCCAUCUGUGUGAUGAAAGGUGUCAAACCCGAGAGGAAACCGGACGCUUCCGGCCGGCCCGUCGAUGAGUACUGGGGCGUCAGUCUCAAGAUGCUGAGCGACCUCAAGUUCCUGGACAGUCUCAAGGCCUACGACAAGGACCACAUUCCCGUGCCCAUCAUCAAGAAAAUCAGGGACAAGUACACGAGCAAUCCAGACUUCGACCCGUCCAUCAUUCGGAACGUCUCAACAGCGUGUGAGGGACUCUGCCGCUGGGUCAGAGCCAUGGAGGUGUAUGACAGGGUAGCCAAGAUCGUGGCGCCGAAGAAGGCCAAGCUAGCCGAGGCUGAGGGAGAACUAGCUACCCAGAUGGACAAACUAAAUGAGAAGCGACGUCAGCUGCAACAGGUAGCCGACAAGUUGCAGGCUCUCAAUGACGAGUUUGCCGCCAUGACCAAGAAGAAGCGGGAUCUGGAGGACAACAUCGAACUCUGCUCCCAGAAGCUGGACAGGGCCGAGAAACUCAUCGGCGGUCUUGGAGGCGAGAAGACCCGCUGGAGUGAGGCAGCCGCCACCCUAUCUGAACGCUACGACAACAUCAUGGGAGACGUGCUGCUGUCGGCCGGAGUGGUCGCCUACAUGGGACCGUUCACAGUCGACUACAGACAGGACGCUGUGGACGACUGGGCAUCCCGCUGUCAGGAGGCGGGCAUCCCCUGCUCGGAGCAAUUCUCCCUGAUCGCCACACUGGGAGAGCCGGUGCGAAUCCGAGCCUGGCAGAUCGCCGGCCUGCCCGUGGACGCCUUCUCCAUCGACAACGGCAUCAUCGUCAGCAACGCCAGACGCUGGCCGCUCAUGAUCGACCCGCAGGGCCAGGCCAGUAAGUGGGUGAAGAACAUGGAGCGGGAGAACGGCCUGACGGUGGUGAAGCUGACCGAUCCCAACUAUGUUCGCACCCUGGAGAACUCGCUGCAGUUCGGCAAGCCCAUGCUCAUCGAGAACGUCUACGAGGAGCUGGACCCGAUGCUCGAGCCUGUACUGCAGAAGCUGACCUACAAGCAGGGCGGCAUCGACUACAUCAAGCUGGGUGAGAGCGUGCUGGAGUACUCGCCUGAUUUUCGGCUCUACAUUACCACCCGGCUGAGGAACCCGCACUACCUGCCGGAGAUAGCCGUCAAGGUGACGCUUCUGAACUUCAUGAUCACUCCGCUGGGCCUCGAGGACCAGCUGCUGGGCAUCGUGGCCGCUAAGGAGAAGCCUGACCUCGAGGAGAAGAAGAACGAGCUGAUCGUGGAGGGCGCCAACAACCAGCGUCAGCUGAAGGAGAUCGAGGAUCAGAUCCUGGAGGUGCUCAGUUCCUCCAAGGGGAACAUCCUGGAGGAUGAGACGGCCAUUCAGAUCCUGUCCUCGUCAAAGGUUCUGUCGGAGGAGAUAUCCGCCAAGCAAGCCGUGGCAGCGGCCACCGAAAAGGAGAUUGACGAGGCGCGCGUGGGGUACCGUCCGGUGGCCGUACACUCGAGUACACUGUUCUUCUGCAUCUCAGAGCUGGCUAACAUCGAUCCCAUGUACCAGUACUCGCUGACGUGGUACAUCGGUCUGUACUUGCAGUCGAUCGCCUCCAGUCCCAAGUCGGCGGACCUGAAGCGGCGCAUCCUGUCGCUGAACGAUUUCUUCACCCGCAGCAUCUACCGUAACGUGUGCCGGUCGCUGUUUGAGCGACACAAACUGCUCUUCUCGUGUCUGCUCUGCGUCGGCAUCAUGAAGGGUCAUGGCGAGCUGAAUGAGGAGCAGUGGCGGUUCUUCCUGACUGGAGGUAUCGCUCUGGAUAACCCGCACCCGAACCCGGCCUCAGACUGGCUCACGGACCGCGCCUGGGCGGAGAUGGUGCGGCUUUCGGCUCUGGAUGGGUUCGCGGCUCUGUUCAGUGACGUGGCCAAGGCUCCGGCCGCCUGGAAGGCCAUCUACGACUCGUCGGCACCCCACGAGGCCCAGUACCCGGGCGGCUGGGACGAGCUCAUAGGGCUGCCGCGCAUGCUGCUGCUGCGCUGUCUGCGGCCCGAUAAACUCAUACCGGCUGUACAGCAAUUCAUCGUGGACAACCUGGGCGCGUACUACAUCGAACCUCCCACGUUCGACCUGCCCGGAUCGUAUGGGGACUCGUCCUGCGUGACGCCUCUCAUAUUCGUCCUGUCGCCGGGCGCCGACCCGAUGGCCACGCUACUGAAGUUUGCUGAGGAGGAGGGACAGGCGGGACACGUGCAGACGAUAUCGCUCGGACAGGGUCAGGGCCCGAUCGCGGCUCAGAUGAUCGAGUCGGCUCUGGUGGACGGCGGCUGGGUGGUCCUGCAGAACUGCCACCUGGCCACCAGCUGGAUGCCGCAGCUGGAGAUGAUCUGCGAGAACCAGAUCGUACCGGAGAAAACCCACCAGAGGUUCCGGCUGUGGCUGACCAGCUACCCCAGCGAUGACUUCCCCGUGUCGGUGCUGCAGAAUGGUGUGAAGAUGACCAACGAGCCGCCCAAGGGCCUGCGGGCUAACCUGCUACGCUCCUACCUGAAUGAUCCGAUCUCGAAUCCGGAGUUUUUCGGCGCCUGCAGGCAGAAUCGGGCGUGGCAGCGUCUGUUGUUCGGCCUGUGCUUCUUCCACGGACUGGUUCAGGAGCGGAGACAGUUCGGCGCUCUGGGCUGGAACAUUCCGUACGAAUUCAACGAGUCCGACCUCAGCAUCAGCAUCACACAGCUGCAGAUGUUUUUGAACGAGUACGACCACCUGCCUCUGGCGGCUCUGACCUACCUGACCGGCGAGUGCAACUACGGGGGCCGCGUUACCGACGACAAGGACCGGCGCCUGCUGCUCAGUCUGCUGGGGCUGUUCUACAACACCGAUAUUGUGGAACAGGACAGGUACCAGUUCAGUCCGUCGGGUGUGUACCGGGUACCGGAUACAGAGACGUACGACGGGUACGUCGAGUACCUCCGCUCGCUGCCCAUGCUGGCUCACCCGGAGGUGUUUGGUCUUCACGAGAACGCCGACAUCACCAAAGACAACAAGGAAACUAACAUGCUGCUGCUGUGCCUGCUGAAGACGCAGCCGCAGCAGACGUCGGGUGGCGCCGGCGGUACGUCAGCCUCAGACGCCGUGACAGAGCUGGCCGCCGAUUUGCUGUCCCGGCUGCAGCCCCAGUUUGACCUGGAGCUGGCAGAGCAGAAGUUCCCGCUCCGAUACGAGGAGAGCAUGAACACUGUGCUCAAACAGGAGUUGAUUCGUUUCAACGGUCUGACGGCCGUCAUCCGAGCCACGCUGGUUAAUGUCCAGAAGGCCAUCAAAGGUUUGGUGGUGAUGUCAUCCGAACUGGAGGAGGUCUUCAACUCCAUGUCGGUGGGCAAGGUGCCCGCCCUGUGGAGCAGCAAGUCCUACCCGAGCCUGAAGCCCCUCGGUGGAUACUUUUCCGAUCUGAUUACCAGGUUGAAGGUGCUCCAAGACUGGAUAGACACGGGCACGCCGUCCGUCUUCUGGCUCUCCGGCUUCUUCUUCAUCCACUCCUUCCUCACGGGCGUCCUGCAAAACUACGCCAGGAAGCGGCACAUCUCCAUCGACCAGCUCGGGUUCAGAUACAUCGUCACAGAGCACGAGUCAGAGGCGCCCGAGAAGCCAGAGGAUGGCGAACUAAUAAAACCGACCGAGGACAGCUACGCGGUUUCGGGCCUGUUCCUGGAGGGAGCUCGCUGGGACCGGACGGCGGGUCAGCUCGCCGAGUCACUGCCCAAGAUCCUGUUUGACACCCUGCCCAUCAUCUGGCUACAGCCCGACAUCAAGUCGGAGUUCAGCACGGACGGCCUGUACGCGUGUCCCCUGUACAACACGUCUGCACGGCGCGGCACCCUCUCCACUACCGGCCACUCGACAAACUUUGUGUUCUACAUCACACUGCCGUCUGGCGAGCCGCCCGCGCACUGGAUCAACCGCGGCGUGGCGGCCAUUUGUCAGCUUGACGACUAGGGAGAGCGGGAGAGUGAGAGAGAAGACAGAGGGAGGGGAGCGGAAGAUGAGGCGACACUAAGGAGGGCAUUAAUGUUGAAGCCUUUAAAUGGAGAGACCGCUGUUGAUGCCAUUUUGUAAGAUACAACAAAGCUGAUCAGCUGAUCAGACGUAACUCUAACUAAAGCGAACUUUUUCAUCGAACUGAAUCGUGAAACGAUCGAUUAAAUCGAAAAAGAAGAAUCGAUGUUCGAUUAAAUCGAAAAAGUCGAAAGUAUGAUCUUAAGUGCAAUAUUCUUAGCUUUUUGGAGCAGUUGCAGUCACUAUGUCACAUUUUCUCUACAAAUCGAUGCCUUGCAUCAUGACUGCGAGUCGGUCAAUUUUGUCCGUCCAUAAUCGUCGUUUAUGUAUAAAAGACGGUGUCACUCAGUGCAAUAUGUGUGGUUGUGAUAUUACAAGCAUGAUCUCGUUUAUCGUAUUUCCGUUGAUGCUUAUUUUUGUUUUUAUUGUUUGUCGAGAAGGUUGCAUGUUCCAAAGCUCCAGUUUUGUAUGCACAUGUUGAAGUUGCAAAUUUGUGUUUUCAAAUCGUGCGCGCUCUUCCCACUGAGUCGUAAUAAUAAAUACAAACAGUGCGAUUAUG